AUGGGCUUUGGAGGGCGGCAUGAAGCCUCUGGAGGGGCGGGCAGGGGCUUGGGGAGGGGCAGGGCCUUGGGAGGGGCGGGCAUGGCGGCCCUGGGAGGGGCGGGCAUGGGCCUUACAAGCGGCAUGCGCCCUGGAGGGGCGGGCAUGGGGCCUUACGAGCGGGCGGCAUGGAGCCUUGGGAAGGGUGGGCAUGGGCUUUGGAGGGUGGGCAUGGAGCCUUGGGAGGGGCGGGCAUGGGGCUUUGGGAGGGGCGGGCAUGGGGCUUUGGGAGGGGCGGGCAUGGGGCCUUACGAGGGGCGGGCAUGGGGCCUUGGGAAGGGCGGGCAUGGGGCCUUAUGA